AUUCCUUCUUAGUGUAACCCCUCCCUCUGCCCUUGUAUGGUUUAGCCCGGUACGGCGCGGGUUUGAUAACGCUAGAGAUUCCAGAGAUACAAGUCUACCUCCUACGCACUAGGUGCCCUAUGUUGUACGUAAGCUGGGUUAGGUCUACCAUCUACCAGACAAAUGAGGUGCAAGGCGAAAGACAUCCAUCUGCUCUUUCCGUAGAUGCGGCGUCUGCAACAAAUCUUAUCCGGCGAUAACGUCCACUGCGGGAAAAGGUACAUUCGUCCGUCUUCGUUAGCCUUGUCAAUGCCUUGCUUUUAAUUUGGGCCAUCGAAUAUUUUCCGUACCUACCAACCUAUCUUAUUAGAUAACUGCCCUACUCCUCAUGUCGGACUACCAAGUAGCUCUGUGAGAGAUCCAUUUAAUACUUGUCGGAAAAAAAAAACCCUCCUGUAUGCUACCUUAAAUGUGUGGCAUUUGCACCGUGCGACCGCACACGACUUCUCCGGCUUCAGUACAAAUUCCAUAGACUCCGCGCAUGGCCGAUUCAGACCCGAACAAUGCCAUUCGUGAUGACACCCCGCCGGGUGAAGAUUCGAUACUCUCGUCGCGAGGACUCGAGGCCUUCACAAGAAAGGUGACGACAACGGCGAGCCAUUUAGUAGGUCCCGGGUCCGAUCAGGCUGGGAACCAUUACCACAACGCCAUGGCUCAAGUUCAUAAGCAGCUGAGGAAGCCCGGCAUCCAACGAGGCAUGUUCACCAUGGCUCGGACGACGCCGACUGACUUGGUUCGCUCCAAGUUCUCUACCGCUGAAAUCCAAUCCCGCGCCUUAGCACACCUGCCCGACGACAUGCUUAAAAAUUUACCCGAAAAUGAAAAUGCCUAUUCCUUAUUUCAAGGCUUCCAAGCGACUUUUCCUGAGUUGACACACGAGGGCAAAAAGCACAGGAGAAAAGUCUCGAGAGGGAGAAAAAUGCUCGAAGAGAGCCCGACAACUCCAGAUAACCCAAACCACCUCCACAAGCUAAAGAAAGACAGGUCAUCGCUUAUGCAUGAGCUUGAGAUGCUUAGUAUUCGGAAGAAUAUGGCAAGCUGUGAGAUCCGCGAGAUUGAUAACAAGAUCGCUAAUCUAGCUGGAAUGAGGCGCAUCAUUCUUGAGAGGUUAGCAGGUUUAGAGCAAGAAGAAGCACUUUUGGAACAUGAUAUUGUGGAUAUGGAGGGUCGGAUAGAAGACGCUCAGACCCUCUUUGACGAAGCCGAGUCGAUAGCUGCUGCUGUCGACACACCAAACAAAUCAGACGAUGACGACUUAGUAACGGAUCAAGAUACAGAUGAAUUUAUGUCAAAAUCUAUAUACGAGAAGCUUCCUUCUACCCCAUCCAAAAAGAAACACAAGACCAUGAAGCGAAAGUCAAUGCCUAUAUUGCACGAGCACUUCGAACCAGGUUUUAUGAUCCGGGAAAUUAAGGCUCACGCCGAUGAUAUCACGACGUUAGACUUCGAUGUACCUUUUGGCACCCUCGUUACAGCCUCUAUGGAUGACUCGGUUAGGGUAUGGGAUUUGAAUGCUGGACGCUGUAUUGGAUUUCUUGAAGGCCAUACCGCACCGGUACGGGCACUGCAAGUAGAAGACAAUAUCCUUGCUACGGGUUCUAUGGAUGCCACUAUCCGAUUAUGGGACUUGAGUAAGUCACAUUACGAUCCGCAAGGCAGUCAAUUUGGUAGGGACGACGAAGAUGACGACGGCAUGGCUUUUGAGAAUCCCGAUGACCAACCAGUAGACCCGCCCGAGGGCAGUAUGGCAGAUUGUCCACUCUUUACUCUGGAAUCCCAUGUAGAUGAGAUUACUACUCUUCACUUCCGGGGCAAUACCCUCGUUUCUGGAUCGUCGGAUAAGACACUCCGCCAAUGGGAUCUGGUGAAAGGACGAUGCGUACAAACCCUUGAUGUGAUGUGGGCAGCAGCUCAGGCUUCCGUUUCUAUCGGCACGGGCGAGGGGACCUGGAGACAAACCGGGCGGCCACCAACAGCGUCAGCUGAUUUUGUGGGUGCGUUGCAAGUCUUCGAGUCCGCUCUAGCCUGUGGUACCGCCGAUGGCAUGGUUAGACUAUGGGAUUUGAGAAGUGGACAGGUUCACCGCAGCCUCGUUGGACACACUGGACCGGUGACAUGCUUGCAGUUUGACGAUGUACAUCUUGUGACGGGUAGUCUGGACCGAAGCAUACGGAUAUGGGACCUACGUACAGGCUCCAUAUUUGAUGCCUACGCGUACGACAACCCAGUCACAAGUAUGAUGUUCGACAACCGACGCAUCGUAAGUGCGGCGGGCGAAGACGUUGUCAAGGUCUACGAUAAGAUGGAGUCGCGGCAGUGGGACUGCGGCGCGGGUAUCACGGAAGCGGACGGAAGAAGGGCACCGGCUAUUGUGGAGCACGUUCGCAUCAAGGAUGGCUACCUAGUCGAGGGGCGUCGCGACGGGCACGUGGGUGCUUGGGCAUGCUAGCCUCUUGCACUAAGUGUGCUUCAUGGAUAUGUAUAUAUGUCAGAGUUUUUACGAAAAGCAAAGGUCACUGCGUAAACUACUAAGUGGAUUAGCUGAAUGGUGUGCAUGCUCAUGUUUUCUUGCCCACUAAGUAGUCAGAUGUAGCGUAGUUAAAGACACAGAACUACACUUAUUAUCGAGCUUCAAC